AUGUCGCAAUCAUGGGACUACAUAGCCAAACUCGUCUGCAUAGGCGACUCAGGCACCGGUAAAUCAAGCCUCACAAUCCGCCUCUGCGAAGGACGCUUCUCACCACACCACGACGUGACUAUCGGCGUUGAAUUCGGCUCGCGCAUUGUCCCAGUCGGGCCUCCUUUUUCCUCUGCACUAUUAUCCACAUCUGGCAGCGCAGGCGCUGCAUCUAUUCCUCGCGACCCGUAUCAAUCCGCAUCUACCGACGACGACACCACCACAUCUCACGCUACUUCAGAUCCUUCAACGACUAAUAAUUCCAAUGACACAAAGUCAAAAUCCAAAUCUAAAUCCAAAUCCAAACCUGACGCCCCAACAUCAUCAGCAUCAGCACCGCAAAAAUACAUGAAACUCUCCCUCUGGGACACUGCCGGACAGGAAACAUACAAGUCCAUUACACGCUCCUACUUCCGCGGCGCCAGCGGCGCGCUGCUCGUCUUCGACAUUACCCGGCGCGCAACCUUUGAGCACGUCACGCCGUGGCUGCAAGACCUGCGACAAAUUGCCGAAGAAGGCAUCGUCGUCAUUCUUGUCGGGAACAAAUCUGAUCUUGCCGAUGACGAGGAGUCGAAUGGCGAGGAUGAUGCCUCUACCAGCAACGGCCACCUGAACGGCAGCAUCUCAAAUAACACUGAAUCAAAACCCAAACGCAAGCGCGAAGUCACACCCGAAGAGGCAGAAGCAUGGUGCAAACAGAACCAAGUCUUCCGCUACGUCGAAACGUCAGCGAAAUCCGGCGUCGGCGUCGAGCGCGCCUUUCUCGAGGUCGCCGAGCGCAUCUAUCAGAAUAUCCAGGCGGGCAAAUACGACUUGAACGAUCGGCGGUCCGGCGUCAAGGGACCCGGUGCCGGUGGCCCGGGUGCGGGUGCGGGUUCGCGAGUCACUGGUAAUACAGCGCGGACGGUCAAUCUGAGCAUGAAUGAAGUGGGUAAUGCAGGGAGUGCAGGUCGGUGCUGUUAUUAG